UCUAAACAAUACCUAACCACGCAUUCCGUGGAUAAUGCACAUAUAACCGACAUUUUCUCUAUCGCGUCAACACCGCGUGCUGUGCUUUCUGCUAGCGGGUCGUCAACUAUUCAUAUUCAUGAUACCACUGACCCCGCAUUCCCUCUCAAGCAAUCCAUUUCAGAUGCCCACAAGCUAGGCUGCCACCACAUCUGCACCUCUCGAAAUGGCCUCGUUGCAGCCAGCGCUGGCUUUGGUGGAGAAGUGAAGAUAUGGAAUCUCACUCAAGAAACUGGCGAAUGGUCUUCGGGAGGCGAAAUUCAAGGAUCGUCAAAUAAGCCUGGUGAAGUCUGGGCUCUGGCCCUUAGUGAUGACGGCACCUAUCUUGCCACUACUACCUACGAUGGGCGAGUCAACGUUUGGAACCUAUCUGGCGAGUCAAAGGCCAAGAUACAGGAGUACGAAACUGGGAGCCCGGGCUCUGGCAGCUUUGGACUGAGCGUUGAUCUCAGCCGAGAUGGGAAGUUUACUGCCAGUGGGCAUCAAAAUGGAUCCGUCUAUAUUUUCAACAAUGAGACAGGCCGGAUUCUUUUCUCCCUUUCUGGUCUUGCCAAGCCCGUGCGCUCAGUUGCCUUCUCGCCCGGCAAUAGCAGACUUGCCGCGGCAGGUGAUUCGGGAAUCAUCGCCCUUUACGAUAUGAAGCACGGAGAGCAUGUGGCAAACCUGACAGGCCAUACCUCAUGGAUCACCUCUGUAGACUGGAGUGACUCUGGCGAGUUCUUACUCAGUGGGUCGAUGGACGGCAAGGUCAAGGUGUGGUCUAUCGAACGAAGUGCAUGUGUCGCUACUCACAGCGAAACUGACAAGGCACUCUGGACGGCGAAGUGGCUCCCGAAAACGGGCAAGAGGAACCCCGUGAGUUACAUCAACUUUGACAACAGCGCUCUAGGUGUCCACCAUCUUGAAUUGUUAGCCAAUCCAAGCACUUCAUAUCCUAAUCACUCAAUUACCCAUAGCAGCAACUCCUUCAAAUCAAUCAUCAUGCCAACCACAAAGAGGUCAACUGCCAGCAAUAGAGGCCGCACGGUGCCAAUCAAAGGGCAAUCCACCAUCAGCUUCGCCAACAGGAUCACCAAGAAUGUAGUCAACGACACAAAGAAGGCCAUCAUCUCACCACCCGUGGCUAAGAUUGAGUCGCCGGAGAAGAGCGAUGUAACUGAAAAGCCCUUGGCGGUCGAACCUGAACCUGAGGCCGAGGCCGAGGUUGAGGAGCCAGAAAUUCAAGUCCCAGAAAAGUCCGAGGUCGAACUCAAGGCUGAGAAGAUCACUAAGAAGCAGAUUGAAGCUUACUGGAAGGGAAUCGAGGCAAAGCGCAUUGCUCCCAGAGUACAUCAGAAAGAUUUGAGCACCAAUGAGAAGGUACUCCGGUAUUUUGAUGUGAGCUCACAGUAUGGGCCUUGCAUCGGCAUUGCUCGCCGUAAGCGAUGGGACCGUGCUGAGAGGCUGGGUCUGAAGCCUCCCAUUGAGGUCUUGGCUGUCCUCGUCGGAGAGAGCCAAGAUGGCGGGGAUAUUAUGACUGCCCAACUGGAUGUGAUCUUAAAUCAAACUGCGGAAUCCUGA